AACAACAUAAUGACUUACAGCGCUGUGACACGAGGUGGGGGACCAAUACGAGGGACUAAAUGGUAUGAACCUAUUUUUUCCAGGCCUCUAGUUCUGUUUACCUGUGUGCCAGUGAUGACGAAAUAGAACUACAUUAAAUAGGUUAAUGCACAAGUGUUUCGACUGGAAAUCUGGAGACUUUGGAUUUGGAUGAUCUCAUAGAUCUAGAUUCUAGAACCAUAGACCACAGAUCGGAGUCUAGGAUUAGAUCAAGAUCAUCUAGAAUAGUAGCCUGCCUAUAGAGCUAAUUUAAUCUAGAUCUAUAAUAUAUCUAGGUCUAGAAUAUUAAUAUCUAGAUCUAGAAUUAGGUCUCUAGUCUAGAUUUGUUUUCUACCUGAAGUUGAAGGUGUGGAUUUCAAUAAACAAGGUUCAAUGCUCCACGGAUAUCUUGGUGAUCGCCAGAACAGUGGCUGCUGGCACUACUGAUGGAAGAACUUCUAAAAGAACAAGACAGACUCUGAGGUGUUGUACUUUAGACACCUCUCGUAGUCAAUCAAAAGAUACGAUUGGAAACACAAUUUCCAAAAAGACAAGUGUAAAUAUUUUUAAAAAAGGACAUCUUCGCUAUUUUCGUUUUAAUUUCGGAUUUUAGUUCAUCCGGACAAGUGUCCCUGAUCAAACAGUGUGAGGACCAUUGUCAAUGUGUUGUCGUUGCAAGGAGGUAGACCAUCGUGUUUGUGCCCUGUGUAUGAACAUUCAAUUUUAAAGUGUACGUGUGUGUGUGUGUGUGUCAUGCCGCUAUAUCAGCAUGUAACAAGACUCCUAGCUGACCCUGCAGUGGCCACUCUCUAGGGGAGAUAACACACGCGUGGAGUUUUCAUCGCAAUUCCAGUAUGGUCACUUUGGAUAACGGCGGAGACAGGAGUGAGAGAAAGACGAGAGAGGAGGAAGAGGAGGAGGAGGAAGACAGAAGAGGGAGUGCUGAAGAUGUCGCCGCCUCUGGGGAUGCCCAUGAAGUCUUCCUGCACACGCCCCCAGACGAGGACGGGCUGAGCACCCAGGUUCGGGGCGCCAGGGGCGUGCGUCGCUACAGAAAUGCGCUGAAGACGUUCUUUCCUGUCCGGCGAACAAAACCACCUCAAGGCACGCUACCUCUGGGGACAGUCGGACUGCUCAACUAUGUGACCUUCGGUUGGAUGACGUCAUACCUGUGGCGGAUCUACAAGCAGGGCGUGGGCGUGGUCCAGGGUCUUCAGAUCAGCGCAGAGGAAAAGUCCGACACCAAUGCUAUAAGGAUGGAAAAGUUUUGGAGUGAAGAACUGAAGCUGAAAGGACCGGACAAUGCUUCCUACUUCCGGGCAGUCUUUCGCUCCUUCAAAACUCGUCUCCUUAUCGGUCUCUUCACCAGUUUAGUGUAUGCGUUUCUCACUUUAGCAAACCCGAUUAUCGUGAUCCAAUAUUUUUUGUCCUACAUCUCCAACGAACCAGUCAGUCUACGCUCAGGGAUUGGAUACGCGUUCGCCAUUGGCUUAGUGCAGAUUGCUAAAGGUCUGGUGGACAGUUUCUUUUGGGAAGUCAACAUUCAAGCAGCAAUAAGAAUCAAAUAUGGGUGCCUGGCUCAGCUGUACAGCAAAGUUCUACGAUUAAAAUCACUUCAGGACAAAACUGCCGGAAAUAUCAUCAAUUUUAUUGGCAAUGAUGGACAACGAAUCUAUGAUGGUGUUAUGAUUGGCCCUUUCAUUAUGGCUAGUCCGAUCAUCAUUGUUGCUGGCUGCAUCUACUGCGUAGUUUACCUGGGACCUUGGGCACUUGUUAGUUGUCUCAUUAUUGUGCUGUUUUAUCCAUUUGCUGGUGUGUUUGCCAAAUUAUCUGAGAAGUUCAGAGAAGCAAGUAUUAAAAUUACAGAUCAAAGGAUUGGUUUGUUGAAUGAACUGUUGACUUCCAUCAAGCUCAUUAAAAUGUAUGUCUGGGAACAAUCUUUUGCUCAACAAAUAGUUGACAUUCGAGCUCAAGAAAAGUCUCUGUUGGAAAAAAGUGUUUUUGUUUUGGGUAUCAGCAUGGGGUCCUCCAUGACAGUUUCUUUGUUUGCCAGCAGCUUAGCUUUCAUUGGCUAUGUCUGCACAGGCAACAAUCUAACUCCAACACAGGCAUUUACGUUUGUGUCUCUGCUGAGUACCAUGCAGUCGGUCAUGAUGACCAUUCCUUUCUCACUCAAGUGUUUGGGUGAAAUGGCAGUCACUGUUAAAAGACUUCAGGAAAUCUUGUUAAUGUCUGAAAUGAGCACUCAACUGCAGCAGCCUAGAGACAACUCUCUGGCGUUGGAAAUUACAAAUGCUUCGUUUUCCUGGACCAGCAAAAGAAAAAAAGACAUUGGCAAUGGUGCUGAGGUCAAGGCUAAAGCCAAGAAAGUUCCAGAAGAAACACCGGGAGAGGACGUGAUGCUCAACACUGACCAGCAAGAAGAAGAUCAGAUUUUCUCUGGCCCUUCUUUAUCUGGUGUUAACCUUCAAAUUAAGAAGGGUCAGCUUGUUGGAAUCUGUGGCAGUGUGGGCUCUGGCAAGAGUUCCCUGAUCAGUGCCAUUCUGGGAAGAAUGGAGUUAACGUCUGGGUCAGUGGCAGUGUCAAGUCAUGUGGCCUAUGUGUCGCAACAAGUUUGGGUCACUAAUGACACAAUCAGAGACAACAUUGUGUUUGGACAUGCCUAUGAUAGUGAGAGAUACAAGAUGGUGGUUGAAGCUUGUGGCCUGACCCCAGACUUCAGAGCUUUCCCUAAAGGAGAUAUGUCAGAAGUUGGAGAGAGAGGCUGCAACUUGAGUGGUGGACAGAAGCAGCGCUUGUCUCUGGCCCGGGCAGCCUACAGCUACUGUGAUUUGAUCCUGUUGGAUGAUCCAUUGUCAGCAGUGGAUGUCCAUACUGCCCAUCACAUCUUCAGAAGUUGUGUCCAGGGAGUCAUGAGAGACAGGACUGUUGUCUUGGUCACACAUCACCUUCAGUAUCUAAAAGAUUGUAAUAAGAUCAUAGUGCUGAGAGAAGGGGCAGUCGUGGAGCAAGGGUCUCAUGAAGAACUUGUUUCUCUAUCUGGCGAGUACGCUGCAUUACUUACCUUGGUUCACAGAGACAAUGAAAGUACACCAGCAGAGAAUAGUCCAGUCACAUUGCCAAAAAUGAAUUCAAGUGAAGACAACUCUGCAGUCUCAAAGUCUCCACAUGAAAACGUAAAUGUUACAUCAGAGAGUUUACAAAUUGUUCCCCAGGAAGUGGCAGGGAAUGCUGGGACACUUAUUCAAGAGGAAACUAUACAGAGAGAAAGUUUGUCCUUUUUUGUUUUUCAAAAAUACAUCCAAGCCAUGGGUGGAGUCCCUGUCUUCAUUCUUGUCAUUUUCUGCUUUAGUUUGCCUGUUGCCAACACAGCCACCGCAGGCUGGUACCUGACUUAUUGGCUGCAACAAGCAAGUGCGAACACAACCUUGACCUUUGGGAACAUAACUCAGACAAGCUCAAGUGUUGCGGCCCAUCCAGACCUGCCCAAGUUCCUGGCUAUCUACGGAGCUUUCCUGCCCCUUGCUCUCAUCACUCUGAUCAUCAAGUGUAUAGCUUUAAUGAAAACUACAUUGGCAGCAUCUAGUCGACUUCAUGACUCAGCUUUUGUUCAAGUCCUACACAGUACUAUUCACUUUUUUGAUAGCACCCCAGUAGGACGUAUAGUGAACAGGUUCUCAGGAGACCUGGAUGAAGUGGACUCUAGGCUCCCAAUGAAUGCCGACAUUUUCUUAACUCAGGUGUUACAAAUUGUGGCCGCUGUGGCCAUGAUGGGUUAUGUGAUGCCCUGGUUUCUCCUGGCAGUCCUUCCUCUGGCCAUCAUCACUUGCCUGCUCAUGAUUGUCUUCCACAAGUGUGUCCAUGAGCUCAAGUAUCUGGACAAUGUGACCAGGUCACCUGUGGUCAGUCACAUGGGAGCAUCACUGGAGGGGUUGGCUGUUAUACAUGCUUAUAAGAAGGAUUCUGACUUUAUGCACAAGUACUGUGACCUGCUCAAUACCAACGCUGUUGCCGUCCUAAUGUUUUAUGCAGCCAAUCGUUGGUUAGCUCUUCGUACAGAUUUUGUGAGUGGAAUCCUGGCCUUUGUGAUAGUAGUGCUGCUCUUGGUCACUUCAAUCAGGCCUGAGUUAGCUGGCCUGGCUCUGUCAUACACUGUCCAGCUGUCAUCUUUGUUCCAGUUUACUGCCAGGAUGGCUGUAGAAACAGAGGCCAGAUUUUCAUCUGUUCAGCGGCUAGUGGAGUAUUGCCAGUUGAAAGACUUGGAACCAGUGAAAGAUGAAAGUAACAAACAGUCAGCUGAUUGGCCAACCCAAGGGACCAUUAAGUUUGAUAAUGUCAAGCUUCGAUAUAGGAAAAACACGCCGCUGGCACUUAAAGGUGUGAGUUUCCAGGUCCAAGGUCACAAGAAGAUAGGCAUUGUGGGCAGGACAGGGGCAGGGAAGACCUCACUCUCAGCUGCUCUCUUCCGAUUAGUUGAGUUGGAAUCUGGCCAUGUAACUGUAGAUAACAUUGACAUUGCCACAGUGGCCCUCAGUGACCUGCGCUCUAGACUGUCAAUCAUACCUCAAGAUCCAGUUUUAUUUUCUGGCACUCUCAGAUAUAAUUUGGACCCAUUUCAUCAAUUCUCAGACCCAGAGAUUUGGCAGGCUUUAGAAAAAUGCCAUGUAGCUCAGAUGGUCCGUACAUUAGAUCAUCAGUUAGACAGUCAAGUUCUUCAGAGUGGGUCAAACUUUUCUGUAGGAGAGAAACAGUUGUUGUGUUUAGUCAGGGCAGUUCUCAGGGGGAAUAAGAUUUUGAUUCUGGAUGAAGCCACUGCCUCAAUAGACUCUGAGACUGAUGCUCUACUUCAACAAACUUUAAGAGAAGGUUUCCAAGAAUGUACCAUGCUUAUCAUUGCUCAUAGACUGAACACUGUCUUAGAUUGUGAUCUGGUUCUUGUUCUGCAAGAUGGACAUGUUGUAGAAUAUGAUUCCCCAUCGCAGCUGUUGUCCAAUCCCACUUCAGUAUUUAAAAGUAUGUUGGAAGCUACAAACACAUUGACCCAGACUGUGAGAGAGACUUCAUUAAGUUGAUACAGGCUGUCUACUAGUUCCUUCAAUUCUAUAGCACCAAGUGUUGAUAUCUAAGCAACUGUUUAACUGCAAGCAAGUGUUGAGAUCAGGAAUAUUUAAUAGUGUAUAGUAGACAUUUCUUCUUUAUAUAGGCUGCAGUUGUUUUUUUUAUUUUUAAUUUGAAAAUAUGCAAUGAACGAACUCCACAAAAUUGUUGAGAGGGUUUACUUUCAUUCUGUUCAAUGUAUGUAUUUUAUUGUACAGACUUCAGUUGAGUUCUGUGUUGAGUGUACAGUUGAUGUAUUUAUUUAUGUCCAGAUUAGGCAACACUGUCUUAACAUAGACUGUUUUAGCCAUGCCUAACAUUGUGCAAUAUUUAUUUGCCCUGUGCUGACUGAGUCAUGUCAUGAUUGAGUGCUAAAUGAUUGAGCAAUUGAAAAGAUGUUUAUCCUGGUGAAAAAAUGUACAUAAUUAAAUGUUUUGUAUUUCAGAAGAAUUUUAGUUUCUCUCGUUUGGCUUACUUCUGGAGACAGAGCAGUUUCACAUUGACUCGGGUUUCUUGCAGUGUUCCAAUAUGUCAAGUUGUUUGAUUGGAUUUAUGUGUUGAAGCUGUUUAUCUUAAUGGUUUAUAGUUCAGUUGUAGUGAUUCUUUCCAGUAGUCGCAUAGUCCUUUAUAGUCAACUUGACUUCAAACACAAUAAAUUACAAAGAAAUUGAGGAAUACAAGUUCCGAACAGGUUCAUCCAUAAAUCCAGCUAGAAUAAUUUCAGAGAUUUACAUUGGAUUGAAACAAUUUUGUUGUAAAGUCAAAAAGAUAAAAGAUUUAAAUUAAAAGAACACAUUUUCUUUCUCCUCCAGCAGGUUAUGUCCCUUUUUCUAGCUUCAUUUCUAAGUACCAGAGAUAGGAAGAAACUUUUCUACUUUCCAAACACUUGAAUAUUCCCAAUCAAUCUAUCAGCUAUUCUAAAUUAAAAAAAACAAACAAUUUCAAGGCAACUCUUCUUCAGAUUAGAGAUUUCCCCAACUAGUAGACAAAGGAUGGCUGCCUGGUCGUGCGGUUUGCGCGCUGGACUGUCGUUCAGAUUUAUCGAUGGUCCAGGGUUCAAACCCUGCCCGCUCCCAUCCCCUGUCGUCCUGGGGGAGGUUUGGACUAGGAAGUAAUUAUCUUCAACUCUGAAGGAACAUCCGAAACAUGUAAAACAACAAGUAAACUCCACUGUGUUUUGUUCCCAUGAUGUCAGAAGUUAAUAGUCCUUCUUACUGCUGCAGAUACAAGUUCUUAUCUUUUUGAUUACAGAAAGAAAAAGAUAAUUAAAUCCUACAUGUAUCCAUCUGUUCAUCUAGUUGUGUGUGUUAGAGAUUCAAACUCUGCAGAGUCUUUGGUUUUCCUGGCUGAUUCAUGCAACCUGUUCUAUGCUCUAGCCACAUGCUCUGUGAUAUAAAGCCCAUGGUGUAGUAGAUGAGAGACAGUUGGAAUCCAGAGUAUUUGGUUCUUGUCAUGCUUCUUACUUUUUAAAUUUGUCAAAACAAGAAAGAAAGCAUUGUUCUUUUUUAUUUUAGAUCUUUUUACAGCUGAAAAUAAUUUGCUUGUUUUGAUAAUGACUGCAAUUCAAGUCUUUAUUUUAAAUAUGUCAUUUUAAGAAGCAGUGUUUUAUAUUUAAUUUUAGGAAGCAGUCAGUUCAACAUGUUUUGUUAAUAAAUUCACCUUUAAUGUCUUCUUGUAAUUUUUUUUUAGUCACUUGGUUUUCAUUUUAAUGACUGUAACGUUUGUUUGUAAUUUAUUUUAAAUGUUAAAAAUGUGUUUUAUCAUCUUUUCUGAUACAAUACAGACAUUAUUUCAAAAUAGAGGAUUACGUCCUAUUUUCUGAUGAUGGUCAGUUCCCUGGUGUGUAUUUACUUCAGUUUGUGUGCAUGUGUAUGUUGUGUGUGUGUGAUUGUAUAACAUGUGUAACAAGUAUUUUUCUAAAUGUGUGUGUAUGUGUACAUUGUCCUAAACACAUAAGAUUGCGAAGAAUACUCAGAGUAACCUAUCCCAGAAUUAAGCUCUCUUGUGAAGAAUUGUCUUGACUGGUUCAAUUACGUUUCUUAGUUGUUGUUUUUUCUAUUUAUAAUUGUAACUUUUCUAAAGUCAAAGUUGAAAUAUUGAUAGUUUUUGUGAUACUACAAUUUCAACUCCCUAAAUUGUGUGAUACUAGGAAUUCAACUCUCUAGACUGUGUGAUACUAGGAAUUCAAAUGAACUUAUGAUCUCCAGUUAAUGAAGUUUCAAAAUAUUUCAUUUUUUUAAUAGGUUAGUAUACAUAUAAAAAUGAGCUGUAUACUAUUGAAUCCUGCAGUGGCCUGGACCCCUCUCUCUCUCUCCAACUAACCAGGAACUUGUAUUUCUGCUUCCCUUGUGUCUAAUGUCUAUUUUUGGUGUCAUGCUUGUUACCAUGUGAAAGGCUGACUGAGGUGAGAACUAGUUUGUGUCAGAACAGACAUUCUAAAUGUAAUCAGGACAUUCCAGAACAUUCUUUGUAGACAUGUUUGUACAUAGAUUGAAAAGAUUUCCAGUAUCACAUGUAAGUCCAUUGGACUAGAACAAAUUAAAUUGAACCUAGAGUCAUCAAUAAAGUCUCAUUUCCUUUAAAUAAGAUAAAAUAGACCACCUCAGCGUAACUACAUAAUUGAAUGCUAAGGAUCAUUUUGGAAGCUCAAUAAUAAAUCAUGUCUUCAACUGUUUGCUGAUAUAAUGGUCUUUUUUUUCUAACAAAAAUUUCUUUAUUUUAAUGAUGUAUCUUUACUAAUUAAAAAGUGUACAUAUAGGUCAGUGAACUCAAGCAACUAACAGCAAUUGUACAGGUUUUUAAUUCUGGAGCAACUGGCUAUUUGCACAAUAUUUUUGCAAUUGAAACUUGUUUCAAUAGAUUGUUUUAAAUAAUCUUUAAAUUCAACUGUUAAUGUUUUAAAUAAUCUUUGAAUUCAACUGUUAAUAUCAUAAACAUGAAGACAUUGAACUUUUUUUUUAGUUAAUUUUUUAGGUCUGUCUAAUAUUUUAUUGGUUUAAACUUAAUGUCAACAAAAUAAUUUGUUAUCCUCUGUACAUAUUUUUGUAAUCCCUUUUUAUUUAUUAGGCCUAUCAUAGUUGACUCUUAAAACUCAUCUCCAUUUAUAAAUUAUUCAAUGCAUCAAAUGUCAGAUUUAUUUAAAAACAAAAUGUGUAAAUAGCACUAUAUGCAGCUAGUACUCUUUCCAGAUUUUUUUUACAAAGUGAAUGCAAAUUUUAUCUCAAGAUUUUGAAAUAAAAUAACUUUUUUAAAUUAGUGGUUUCAGUGUGAAGUCAUUUGACUUAUUGUUGAAAUAAACCUCCUCGAAAAACUACCAACACAAACAUAGUAAAAUGCAUAAAUAAUUUGUAUUUUAUUCGCAUAGCAAAAACAACAAAAAAUAAACUUUGAAUUUUAAUGAAAAAAAAAAA